GACCGGAUCAAAACAGUGGCGGCUGCUACAGUUGCUGCGAGCCUGUCCUGACCUGCACAGCGGCUGCACUCUGCAGUUGCCUGUAGCGCACGCUGUCAUCGUGAUUAUGCCGCUAGACUAGUAGGCACUUGGUAGACAUCAAAAGUUAAGAAGAAGACGAGAUCGGACAUCAUUUAUACGUGCUGGACAUGUUGUAAAUUGCGAGAGGCUUUCGAGCAGUGUUGGAGUGGAAAGUAGUUAAAGAUGGCUGCAUCUCUGGACUCCAAGAUAAUGUUCCAAGGCCUCUGCAGCCUAUUCGAGAAAGUGUCCAAAGCCAAAGGCGCCCAAAAGGUCCAGGAACUACAGAAGUUUACUAGAGAAUGCCGCGUACUCGCAAGUAAAAUCAAGGAUCAGAAUUCGGAUGCGGAUGUCUCGCUUUUUCCCGUAUUUCGACUGCUACUUCCCGCUCUUGAGCGCGAUAGAGGUCCCUACGGAUUGCAGAAUAAGACACUCGUUGCUAUUUAUCAACGGGUUUUUUACCUGGGCAAGAACAGUGCCAGGGCCGAUAAGUUGACGAAUUUUAGAAAACCUGGUGCGUGUGGAUCGGGAAAAAAUGACGACCUAGCGGAGAGUGUCUACUGGCUGAUGAAGAAUCAUCUGCCCGAAGGCGGUACUUUAAGUAUUCAACACGUUAACGAGUUUUUGGAUAACAUUGCCGCCUGCAACGAAGAAAACCGCAGCAAAGAUGAGCACUUCAGACACCUGACGAGCAAAGUGAACGCGAUGGAACUCAAGUGGCUGACACGUUUAUUGCUGAAGGAAUUAAAGCUGGGGUUGGCUCAAAAGAAAGUUUUCGAAGUGAUACAUCCAGAGGCUGAAGCGCAAUUCAACGUGUCGUCUAGUCUGCGCCGCGUCUGUGAAAAGUACUCGGAAACCGUCAAUCAGCUUUCCCAUACCGUAAAUAGCAACGGAAUUUCAAUUGAACUAUUCUCGCAUGUCAAGCCGAUGCUGCUAGAGCGCUUCAAGAUUGAGGAAGCCGCGAAACUGUUCCCCAACGGUAGACAGUUGUACUAUCUGCAGACUAAAUUCGACGGCGAACGCUCGCAGAUACACUUCAAAGCAGGCUGCUUCAAAUACUUCACAAGGAAGGGAUAUGACAUUACUCAGAAUGCCAGCUACGGCGAGACACCCGAGUCGGGGGGAUUCCUAUCGAGCAAUAUAGCUCCGCAGCUGCACGAGAGCUGUCGCUCGGUAAUUCUCGAUGGUGAGAUGAUGGGCUGGCACAAAGAGCGCAAAACUUUGGGAACCAAGGCUUUAAACUACGAUGUAAAGAAGCUGUCGGAAAAUAGUAAACACCAGCCCUGUUUUGUGGCCUACGACAUCCUUAUGUAUAACGACGAACCCCUGCUCGAUAAACCAUAUAUCGAACGAUUGGCCUACUUGCGUGGAGCUUUUUCCGAGAAAGAGGGUGUCAUUAUGCUCUGUGAUACUCAAACUGUUUCUGAAUUAGAUAAGUUGGUCGAGAUAUUCAACUUGGCGUUGGACAACGAAGAAGAAGGAAUCGUCGUUAAACGGUCCGACGCACUUUAUCGACCGAAUGUUCGCGAACGUAGUGGCUGCUACAAGAUCAAAGCUGAGUACUCUGACGCAUUGGUAAACGAUUUGGACUUAUUGAUACUGGGUGGCUACUACGGCCAGGGCCGCUGCAGCGGAACGGUGAGUAGCUUCCUUGUGGGAGUUGCAAAGCCAGCUACUAACAAAAAUGGCAUGCCCUCGGAGUUUCAUGCAGUAGUCAGCGUUAGAUCUGGUCUCAGUGACGACCAGCUUCGAAUCAUUCAAAACAAACUGAAGCCUCACUGGAAAGAUAAGAAGCCCGUUGGAGUUUUCGGCCCCCGUUCAGAGCCACCUGACGUGUGGGUAUCGCCGAAGCAUUCUAUGGUACUGCAGCUACGCGCUAGUGAGAUGGUCAGAUCUAAAUCAUACCCCAUUGGGUAUAGUCUGCGAUUUCCACGAGUCAUGAAAAUCAGGACCGACAAGCCCUGGUACAAUGCCUGCUCCACGACUGAAUUUGAGUCUCUAGUCAAGAAUAAAAAGUUUGUGCAAAAGCUGACGAAAAGAAAAGCAGAAACCUCGGACAUCACCCAAGUUGUCGCCGAUGACGAAGAGGAGGAAGAGGAAUUAGAUGCUCCGAAAAUUCGAAAAACCAAAUCCAUCCCUGUAGUCACAACGAGGGUCAGCGCCUCGGUGUACGGAUCUUUCGUCAAACAUAACGACAACGAUGAAGUGCAGCGUACGUCACGACUUUUUGAGGGAAAGGAAAUAUGCGUUAUCAACGGCGACUCGGAAAUGGAUCGCCAAGUCAUUGUCAAGUUACUGCAACAGCAUAGCGCCAAAGUUGUUCAAAAUGCCAGCAAGGACACCUUUUGUUUACUUGUUGGUGAUCCAGAAACGUUAAAGGCGCAGAACGCGAUCGCGAGUGCAAACCAUGAUGUAGUUAGUUUAGACUGGUUGCGGAGAGCGACGAAGCAGGAGAACAUCGGAAAAAUACAAGACUUUCGCCCUUGGGAAUUAUAUGCUAUGACAGUAUCAACUAGACGCAAGCUUGAUGACGCAUACGACCAGUAUUGGGAUAACUAUACAGAAGAUUUAGACGAAGAAACCUUAAAACGCGUCACAAAAAGAAUAGAAGAAUCGUCGGGAAAAACCGAGGAUAUGUCAGUAUCCGAAAUGCGAAAACUAGACAAGUUGCUGUUCGAAGAGGGAACAUCUCCCUUCUCCGUGUUUCGUGGAGUCGUCGCCUUCUUCGGCAAUAUGGAUGACGUUCAAAAGUAUUCCUUUGCUUUCAUGAGUGGUGAGGUCGUGGGCGAGCUAAACGAGACGGUGACUUUUGCUUUCGAGCCGAUCGACGAGACGAUGCGGCAAUUUUGCAUCGAGAGGUCGAUACCUGUGCUCAGGACUCAGUGGAUCAAGGAUUGCUUCAAAAACCAAAGAUUUAUUUCUAUUGACGAUUACGUCGUGUGAUUUUUACAAUUUUAUUUCCUCUUUUAAGUUCAUGCUUGAGUCAAUGACUAACUUUUUUAUUCAUUCCGAACUUGUGCAAUGCUUAUACAAGUGCUAACGAAGUUUGGCAUUUUUUACCGUUCGAAAAAUAAUAUAUACAAUGCUAAUAUAAUUUAUCAACUUAAUAUACGAUAGAGACCAACAGUGAGAUACAAUUUUACACACUUGUAUACUCAACACCAUAUUAUAUUGUGUAAUAAAAAGAAGUAUUUUUUACAAAACA